AUGCUCGGGUCACUCCACUCCUCGUCGUCUUCUGACACGGACAAUAACAAUAGCGGCUGCAAGAACAAUGGUGGAGGCGAGGCCGCCGCCGUUGCGGCGGCGGCGCCGUCCACGCGGGACCUGCUGCUGGCCUGUGCUGACCUGCUGCAGCGCGGCGACCUGCCGGCCGCGCGCCGCGCGGCGGAGAUCGUGCUGUCGGCGGCGUCGCCUCGCGGCGACGCGGCCGACCGCCUGGCCUACCACUUCGCCCGCGCGCUGGCGCUGCGGGUGGACGCCAAGGCCGGCCGAGUCUUCGUCGGCGCCGGGGUGGCGCGGCCGGCGUCGUCCGGGGCGUACCUGGCGUUCAACCAGAUCGCGCCGUUCCUGCGGUUCGCGCACCUCACGGCGAACCAGGCCAUCCUCGAGGCCGUCGACGGCGCCCGGCGCGUCCACAUCCUCGACCUCGACGCCGUCCACGGCGUGCAGUGGCCACCGCUGCUGCAGGCCAUCGCCGAGCGCGCGGACCCGGCGCUGGGCCCACCCGAGGUCCGCAUCACCGGCGCCGGCGCCGACCGCGACACCCUCAUCCGCACCGGCAAUCGCCUCCGCGCCUUCGCCCGGUCAAUCCAUCUCCCUUUCCACUUCACCCCGCUCCUCCUCUCCUGCGCCACCACGCCUCACGUCGCCGGCACAAGCACGGCCGGGGGCGCCGCCGCCACCACUGCCUCGAGCGAGGCCCCCGGCCUGGAGUUGCACCCGGACGAGACGCUGGCCGUGAACUGCGUGAUGUUCUUGCACAACUUGGGCGGGCACGACGAGCUCGCCGCGUUCUUGAAGUGGGUGAAGGCCAUGUCCCCUGCCGUGGUAACCAUCGCCGAGAGGGAGGCAGGCAGCGGCAGCGGCGGCGGCGGCAGCGGAGCCGACCACAUCAACGACCUGCCGCGGCGGGUCGGGGUGGCCAUGGAUCACUACUCGGCGGUGUUCGAGGCGCUGGAGGCGACGGUGCCGCCGGGGAGCCGGGAGCGGCUGGCGGUGGAGCAGGAGGUGCUCGGCCGAGAGAUCGAAGCUGCCGUGGGGCCCUCCGGUGGGAGGUGGUGGCGCGGGAUCGAGCGGUGGGGCGGCGCUGCCCGCUGCGCUGGGUUCGCGGCGCGGCCGCUAAGCGCGUUCGCGGUGUCGCAGGCGCGGCUGCUGCUCCGGCUGCACUACCCGUCGGAGGGCUACCUCGUGCAGGAGGCGCGCGGCGCGUGCUUCCUCGGGUGGCAGAUGCGGCCGCUGCUGUCCGUGUCGGCGUGGCAGUCGUAG